GCAGCCGGAGGUGGGACCCGCUGAAAGAGUGAAGUUUUUUUCUUUGCUCGCCUUACUCCGCUCGCCCUCCUGCGCCCACGCUUCGGCCCCGGCUGGCGGAUGGCGCUGCGGAACCCGUCCGCCGGUCGGAGGAUGGAUGGGGACUCUCGCGAAGGAGGCGUCGGCUCCGGCCCCGGCGGCGGCAGCAAGGACGCGGGCGCCGAGGACUACGAGAACCUGCCCACGAACGCCUCUCUGUCCACGCACAUGACAGCGGGGGCCAUGGCCGGGAUCCUGGAGCACUCCGUCAUGUACCCCGUGGACUGCGUGAAGACCAGAAUGCAGAGCCUGCAUCCAGAUCCCAAAGCCCGCUACACCAGCGUAUUCGGCGCCCUCAAGAAAAUCAUCCGGACUGAAGGCUUCUGGAGACCCUUGCGGGGUCUCAACGUGAUGGUGAUGGGGGCGGGGCCGGCUCACGCCAUGUAUUUUGGCUGCUACGAAAACAUGAAAAGGACUUUCAAUGAGGUCCUCAACCGCCGAGGAAACAGCCACCUGGCCAAUGGAAUAGCGGGGAGUAUGGCCACCCUGCUCCAUGAUGCUGUAAUGAAUCCAGCUGAAGUGGUGAAGCAGCGCAUGCAGAUGUACAACUCCCCUCACCAUUCGGCUCUUCGUUGUAUCCGGGCCGUGUGGAGGAAAGAGGGCUUGGGCGCCUUCUACCGGAGCUACACCACCCAGCUCACCAUGAACAUCCCCUUCCAAUCCAUUCACUUUAUUACCUAUGAAUUCCUUCAGGAACAGAUGAACCCCCUCCGGGGCUAUAACCCGCAGUCUCACAUCCUUGCAGGGGGGCUGGCUGGGGCCAUCGCCGCGGCCGCCACAACCCCCCUGGAUGUCUGUAAGACUCUGCUCAACACUCAGGAAAACAUGGCGCUCUCCCUGGCCAACGUCAGCGGGCAUCUGUCGGGCAUGGCCAACGCCUUCCGGACGGUGUACCAGCUCAGUGGCGUUGCUGGGUACUUUAAAGGUAUCCAGGCACGGAUUAUUUACCAGAUGCCCUCCACGGCCAUCUCCUGGUCAGUCUAUGAGUUUUUCAAGUACUUCCUUACAAAGCACCGGACAGAAAAAACAACUCUGUACUAAAGGAACCGAAUGUGGGGGAACAAUUCCAGCAUCUUAUUUAACAAAGAAAGGAUUCCCCCUCCCAGCCGCAGCCUUCUUUCCCCCAGGCCCUGGGACCAAGAUUUACGAGCUUCGGGAUUCUUGCAGGGUAUGUGCCACUGCCGAGCCCCUCCCUGUGGCCGGCCUCGAGGGGGGGCUCCGCGCCCACCCGACGCCAGGGCGCGGAUCCAAAAUGGCGGCACUGGUGAUUAGGGAAAGAUUUGAGUGGAAGAAAGAUGAAUGCCUUCCCCCUCCCCCUUCUUGCCUUUUGCCUCCCCUGCCAGAGGAACGAAUGCGACUUUUCCUCUUCCCUAGAAAUCCACAGAAUAGGAUUGGGGAUAUAGAGGGGGGGUCUGGAUAGGUGGGAGUUUGCACUUCAGAGACUUAAGAUGUCAAAGACAAAUUAAAUAUAUGUAUAUACAAGGUCCAUUACGCAAUAUAAAAAUAGAUGGAUAAUGUUUAUCCUUUAUUUUUCUAUUUAGAGUUGUAUUUGUGUGUGUGUGUACGUGGAUGUGUGUGGGUGGGAGAGUGUACAAAUAGUAUUACAGUUGAGAUUUUAAAGCUUUUUAAAAAAAAAAAAAAAAAACAAAGGGCUCAGUUUCUCCCAUCAUGAUAUAUAAUUAAGCACCGAAGCAUCUUUAUCCAACCUCCAGGGGUGGCCUGAAAGCCUAGAGGUUAGUCGCCCUCUCUGCCCCCCAUGGAAGUUUCACUUGAAUGUAUGUAAUGUUGAGUUUAUAUUUGGGAACUUUUUUUUUCUUAAUGGGAAAAAAGUACCUUUUUUUAAAAAAAAUCUGUAACCAAGAGGAAAAAAAUGACUACUUUGUCAUUUCUUUUCUUUACACACUUGGGGCGUUAAAUCAGGAAGGGAUGUUGGAGACCGUUUGAGUCUCCCUGCUUUUACAGAUGAGGAAACUGAGACUUGGCAGGGGGUGAGAUUGUUCGGGUCUUCUCAAUAGACUGUCACUGCCUUUAGGGUUGGAUGAAUCUGUUUCCAAGCCCCUGGAGAGCAAGCACUCCCUUCUGUUUUCUGAUGGAGACUCCCAUGUCCUUCAAGGCCCUCCCUGAAAGGAAGGCUGUGGCCGGGGUGGCCCCUGCCAAUAUCUCCAGGUGGAAGAUUUGUGCUGGUGUGAGUGUGUAUGUGUGUGUGUGUGUUCAUUCUGAAGUUCCGACCAGGGCCCUCCAAGACCCUUUCCUGUGUCCUGAGGAUCCUCCUCUUCCCCACCGGCUGAGGUGGAUUGUUUCUAGGACAGAGGUGUGGCUGGCGCACGGGGGCAGAGCAGCUUCUUGUUCUCUCCCUGACCCUUUAUUUUCAGAUCAUUUUUCCUGUGGUAAUUCUUAGGGUCUUGAUCCUUCAGCCCCCUGUGAGGAGGGAUGAGAAUCACCUUGCUAAAGCUCAUCUCUGCUCUUCCAUUCCUGGGAGGAGGUGC